AUUCUUCAUACUGUAACAUCUUCAUACCUCCCCCCCAAUGUUCAAGACAAAUCUACACCCUUGUUGCCAGGUGUUGAGUAUUGUGAAUUUAUGCAGGGUUGACUCAUUUUUCAGAUUACUCAUCGUAUGCUUUUCUUCACAAUGAAUGUGGUGAACUGAUAACAAGCACAGGCUAAUGUUUAACCUUAGGAAACAUCAGAAGGGUAGAUGUUCAACAUUACUGUAAUUGGGUAGUUGAAGGGACAUGUCAAGUAAGCAGUGACCGUAGUGUGACAAGAUAUACUUUUAAACGGCAUGUUUCUAAUUCGUGUCCUAUUGUUAUACAUGCUUUUAUGACCUAAUAUUAAUAGAGAGACCUAUAAUUCAGAGACAUGUUAAUAUUAGAUGUUUUAAAAAAUGUAUUUGUCACAUACAGGACUUUUUAAAUGGGCAUUCAGUAGUUCACUAGCUAGCGUUAGCAUUGCUCUUCUUCGUGUACUUUAAGUACCGAUGUGACAGUGGUGUUAGAUGCUGUACUGUCAUCUAUCGAUGUGGAUGAGUAUGAUCGCCAGCUCUGGAAUAUCAUUUGCAUCUGGAAAAUGUUGGAGUUUGAGUUUCAUCUGAUGAGAUGAGCGUGCGAGCGGGGCAGGGCAGUGACGAGGUGCUGGUGUCACAAGCGGUGUGGGAUUACCUUGCAGCCGCUGGACGGCCCUGGUUGGUUGACUUUGAGGACAAGCAGGGACUAAGUGCAGAUAUCAUCCGACGUGGGGAGCGUGGCGGCUGCUGUGCUGUGCGGCUCUCCCCAGUGGAGGGCAGUAGCAGGGCCAGAACUGGGCUGAUGGAGAGUCCGGUUUCUCCCGUCAGACGGAAAGCCUUCAUAGACUUAUGCCGCUGUGCCCGGAAAGAGAUGACCAAACAGGAGGCAGCUCCCAAGAGGAAACGUUCUCUGUUACCCUGUGUGACAUCAAUGGAGCCUGAUGGAGAGGGGAGCUUGCUGCCUUUGCCGCCGCCUCAGCCACGGCGCUCCCAGAAGCAACAGCUGAAAUAUAGGAAAAAUUCAGACAUGGAGACCUGUGUGGUUUUACCCAUGCAACAUGAGGCCACAGCAAGAACGGGGCCUCAAUUAAACAUGAGACAAGUAAAUGAAGAUGAGAGCACCAUUUGCUCUAUUUGCAUGGGGGAGAUGGUGGAAAAGACAAUUCUGGACAAAUGUGGCCAUGCAUUCUGCAGGUCUUGCUUAGAACAGGCUUUCCGAGUGAAGAAGGCAUGCCCUGUGUGCAGACUUGUGUAUGGUCAACUAAUUGGUAACCAGCCGGCCAACGGGAGCAUGAUGGUUGAAAGAGAUCCAGACCUGGAGUUGCCUGGACAUGAAGGACACGGCUGUAUAUGCAUUAUUUACAGUUUCCCUCCUGGUUUUCAAGCGCAAGAACAUCCAAACCCUGGGGUGCGGUACCCCGGCACAGACCGUGUGGCGUACCUGCCAGACAGCCCUGAGGGAAACCGUGUUCUAUGCAUGCUGCGCCGGGCAUUCGAGCAGAGGCUUAUCUUUACCAUAGGCACCUCCAUGACCACCGGCAUGCAUAAUGUCAUUACCUGGAAUGAUAUCCAUCACAAGACCUCCAUAUGGGGCGGACCUCGAUGCUUUGGUUAUCCAGAUCCUACUUACCUUGUGCGGGUGACGGAGGAACUGCGAGAGAAAGGAAUAACAGCUGACUGAUCAUUUGUUUCUAGCACUUAAGAAAUUUCAAGAGGAUGGCAAAUGUGCACUUGACCACAGUCUUUGUUUAAACUCACAGUCAAAUUAGCCACAACCAUCUGCAGCAGCAUUGGUUUGAUCAGGAUGCUGUGUUCACGAUGUUUAACAGUUUAAUUCGGUCGUUAUGUUUACCUUUGUUCUUUGGGUUACAUGAGUAAAGGCAGUGUGUUUUACAUAAACGUUUUUGUACAAACUGGGGUGCACUUUGAGACAGAUUGUUCAUUGUAAGAUACAAAGCUGAGUUUAAGGUACCCAAUGGAGUGCUAAAAUGUGAAUGUCAAGAAGGUGUACACGUUACCACAUCUUGCAGUACAACCUUCCACUUGCCUGUUUCAGGUAAGAACCAAUCACUAGCCUGAUGUCCUCCCUCUUCUUACUAUGUUUCUUCCAUCCAAACUAUGCUUAAUGGCCUUUUCACAUUAUGGUAACAUCUGGAUGAGGACAAAUGAGGGACAAAUGGGUACAGCUUGGACAAUCCCAUCAAACUCUCUUUUUUUCUCUCUCUCUCUCUCUCUCGAAAGCACUAAGAGACACUUUGCAAUGGAGGUACUCUUUUUAUUAUGAGAAUUUAAAGUGUAUUCUGCCUGAUCUUCCAGACUGCAGGCUCUACAGAGGUUAUUUCAAGCCUUUAUUAUUAUAAUAUCCUAGUAAAAGAGAUGCAGGUUGUUUUCAGUGUGUGUCCUAGCUUUGUUCCUUUUCUCUCAUCCCUAGCAAAUGUUUUGGUCUUUCGUUUCAAGAUCAGGUGCAUAAAAUAGUUUUUAUUCACUUGCUUAAUGUGAGUUUGAUUUAAUUUUUCCUUAUAUGUUAAUGUACUCAAUUUCGAGUUUAUUUGAACACGUUUCUUUUACAUAUAUAAAAUGAUGUCACAAUAAAAGGGCGUGUAAACCACUUAAACCAAACUAAAAGCAUAAUAGCGCAACACAACUGUAACCAUUGUUUUUAUGCCUCAGGCUUGGAGACAAGCCUAGCAUGUUUUUUUUAUUUUUUUAUUCUUUCAUGGAAAUGUUAUUGUGCCUUCUUCUAAAGGUCACAGACAGUUGCAGCCUGUUAUUACUAAUGGUAAUCGCUACUCGCUAGUAUUUGUUAAGCUGUGUUCUUAUUGGUCUGAAGCAUUAACCUUAUUGCAGUAUUUCAACUUUAAGCAAAAUGCACCAUACUUAAAGAGACUCAUUCCCAGAUUUCUAAUUGUUUAACACAUACCAAAACUUGUUAAAUUGGCUUUGUGUAAAGGUAUUUUAUUGUUAGCGGUUGCUUAUGUUUUACAGUAUCAUUAAAUAAAAAAGGAGUAUCAGA